AUGCAGGAGACACCGUUCUGCCUCAGAGUUGGACACCUUCUCCCCUACUCCAUGUCGGAUUCCAACACAACCGACUUCACCAACCCCUCCACCUUCAUCCUGCUGGGCAUUCCUGGCCUGGAGGGGGCCCAUGUCUGGAUCUCCAUCCCCUUCUGUGCAAUGUACAUCAUAGCCGUCUUGGGGAACUUCACCAUCCUGUUCAUUGUGAAGAGGGAGCCGAGCCUCCAUGGGCCCAUGUACUAUUUCCUCUGCAUGCUGGCCAUCACCGACCUGGUCCUGUCUACAUCCAUCCUGCCCAAAACACUGAGCAUUUUCUGGUUUAAUUCCAGGGAGAUCGAUUUCAGUGCCUGCCUCACCCAGUUGUACUUCCUUCACUGCUUUUCAGCGAUGGAGUCUGGGAUCUUUGUGGCCAUGGCCUUGGAUCGCUAUGUGGCCAUCUGUGAUCCCCUGAGAUAUUCCACCCUCCUGGCAAACCCCACUGUGGCCAAGAUCGGCCUUGCCGUGGUGCUGCGCAGUGGCAUGCUCACACUUCCCUAUCCCUUCCUAGCGAGAAGAUGGCCAUAUUGUACAACCAACAUUAUCCCCCAAUCGUAUUGCGAGCACAUGGCUGUGGUGAAGCUGGCCUGCGCUGACGUCCGCAUCAGUAAUUACUAUGGUCUCUUUGUGGUAUUCACUGUGCUUGGACUGGAUGUGUCUUCUAUUGCCGUGUCCUACACCCUUAUUCUCAGGGCCAUCUUCAGCCUCCCCACAAAGGACGCCCGGCUCAAGACUUUGGGGACCUGCGGCUCCCACCUCUUUGUCAUCUUAGCCUUUUACAUCCCAUCUGCCUUCUCCUUUCUCACACACAGGUUUGGCCACAAUGUGUCCCUGUAUUUCCAUGUCCUCGUGGCCAAUGUGUACCUCCUGGUUCCCCCCACGCUAAACCCCAUCAUCUAUGGGGUGAGGACCAAAGAGAUCCGGGACAGGCUUCUCCAGCUCUUUACUUAUAAAGGGACCUGA